AUAAACAGCGUUUGUUAUUUCGGAUUCGCUUCCUGCUGGCAUCCAGAUUCUCGCGAUCCAGGGGGUCUCUUCGGCUCAGUUCUAACCCACGCCAUGCCCACCUUCCGGCUGAAAACCUACCCCAACGUGUGCCGGAUGUGCCUGCAGGCGAAGCCGUCCGCCGAAAUGGUUUCGCUGGACAGCUACCGGCCCCAGUUUUCCCGAUCCGUCGCUGAAAUGCUGGAAGAGGUCGCCAGCGUCAAGAUUCCGAUGCAUUUGACUUGCUACCUUCCGACGGAGCUGUGCGAGCAGUGUCUGGACGUGUUCGAGUUCUUCUACAAGUACAAGCGAAAGCUGGAUCUGGUUCAACGGUUUUGCGAAGCGUUGGCCGAAGUCAAGUGUGGAAACCAGCUGCCGCUGGAGGUUCUGUUUGAGACGGAAAAGUCCGCACUGCAGAUGCUGUUUAAGGAUUUGGACCUGUGCGAUCGGGAGGAUUUUCGGGCCGCGGAUUUGCUUGAGGAGUUUUGCGAGUACGACAUUGCCUCGACAAUCUGCGUUAAAGUUGAGAGUGCCAGCGAGAUGGAGGACGAAAGUAACGAUUACAUUGAGGAGGAUGAUGGUGGUAGUGGGGAGUCAGUCGGGGAUUAUGAUGCCGAGUUGGCUGAGCUGGGACUGAAGCUUUAUAAAGAGGAUGAUGAGCUGGAGGAAGAGCCUGGUCCCGGCAGGGAUGAAGUCACUGACAAUUACAUGCAAGAGUUUCAAAAGUCGCUUGAAGAAGAGCUGGAAAUUGAACCUGAUGGCGAUGUGGUUCCCGCUGGAUUACAAGAGGAACCGGUUUCCAAAGUAGUAGAACCAAUCGCCCAGGUUGAAGAAGCUCAAUCCGAGGUGACCACAUCCGAAGUGACCAUGCUGGAGAACUUUGCCGAGGAUGAAGACGACGAGGACUACAUGGAAGAAAGCGACGUCGAUAUCGGUGACGGACCGUUGGAAUGUCCCCCGAAGAAGCGUAAAUACAACCGCUUCCCGGAGGAAGAAGCCGACCUCCAAGAGUGCUCCCUCCCCGGUUGCAAAUUCAUCACCUCCUACCCAUCUCAGUUCGAGAAGCACCUCGCCAGACAUCACCCGGACCAACAGGAUGCCCUGUUCUGCCAUCGGUCGAGCUGCGCCGACGAACGGUUCGACACGCCCGAUCUGCUGAGGCAGCACAAAAACGAUGUCCACUCGACGCACAUUUGCGGCGAGUGUGGAAAGGUCGCCAAACACCUGAUCGCGCUAGAAAACCACCAAAAACAAUCGCACGGUCGCGGACGAGAGCCGACAAUCCCGUGCACCGUGUGCGAGAACAAGUUCCGCAACGAAACGGAACUGCAGCGACACAUCGAGAAGGACCACGGCAUGCGCUUUGGCUACGAGUGUCCCGAGUGUGGGCUAGGCUUUAAGAUGAAGCUACUUUUGACGCAGCACCUGCUGACGCAUUCGGUCGUGCGGAACUACAACUGUGACCAGUGUGGGAACGCGUUCAAGACGUCCAAUCAUCUGAGGCGUCACAUUAAGACGGUGCACGCGGAAGUGCGCUAUCCUUGCGAGCUUUGUCCGGUGUCGUACGGUCGGAAGGAUAAGCUGAGGAUGCACAUGGAGCGGGUGCAUGAGAUCCAAACCUACUUCGUGUGCGACAUCUGCUGCUGCUCGUUCGAGUCGAGCGUCAAGCUGGCCGAGCACCGCGAUCGCCACGACAAGCCCGACGACCUGGAGUGCGGCCUGUGCCUGACGGCGUGCCCCAGCGUGGCGGAGUUCAACGAGCAUCUGUGCAUCAGCUAUCAGGAUGAUUACGUUUGCUGCCGGCGGGACUUCCGGUACCAUUCGUUCUACAACCGGCACAUGUUUUUGGCGCACGGCGUCAAAACGAACGCACGGGUCAAGCCCAAAGCGGGCGUCCUGAUGGGGAAGCAGCGAGCCAUGAGGAAACCAGUUGAGCGAUGCACGCUCUGCGAGCACGUUUUUCCUACGCGCAAAACCAAAAAGGCCCACAUGGAAACGUGCGCCGGACAGGUGGUCAUCUUUGAGAUUGAACCCGUGGCCGAUGGCAUUGCUUGUUCUACCGCUGACGGCGUGCCUUCCCUUCAGAUCCAAGAGGUCAAAAGUGAACUUUGAAGAUUUUUUUUUACAAUAAACAGAUUUUUUACUCACAUUAAUACU